CAAUGCGUCUAUAUGAGUGUGUUGUUAUGUGGUCUUGUGACCAGAGGAAUCAGAAAUUUGCAACCCGUGAUUGUUUUCUUCGAACGUCCAGCGAAACAGUUCAACAAGAGGAUUCCAAUUCCGUUUGAAUAAAAUCUUGGUUUUCCAGAAUGUCGUCGAAGGAUCGAAUCCCGAUUUUCCCGUCGCGAGGCGCACAAAUGCAAAUGAAGGCUCGUCUUGCUGGUGCCCACAAGGGCCACGGACUCUUGAAAAAGAAGGCCGAUGCGCUCCAGAUGCGUUUUAGGAUGAUUUUAAGCAAAAUUAUCGAGACCAAGACGUUGAUGGGUGAAGUAAUGAAAGAAGCGGCCUUCUCCCUGGCAGAGGCAAAGUUUGCUUCUGGAGACUUUAAUCAAGUCGUACUACAAAAUGUCACCAAGGCCCAGAUCAAAAUUCGCACCAAGAAGGAUAAUGUUGCUGGAGUUACGCUGCCAGUGUUCGAAUCUUAUCAGGAUGGAUCGGACACUUACGAACUGACCGGUUUGGCAAAAGGCGGACAACAGCUUCAGAAAUUGAAAAAGAACUACCAAAGCGCUGUUAAGCUGCUAGUAGAGCUGGCAUCGCUCCAAACAUCGUUCGUUACGUUAGACGAGGUUAUCAAAAUUACCAACCGUCGUGUAAAUGCGAUUGAGCAUGUUAUUAUUCCAAGAAUUGAUCGUACAUUGGCCUACAUCAUCUCAGAGCUGGAUGAGCUGGAACGUGAAGAAUUCUAUCGCCUGAAGAAAAUUCAGGACAAAAAACGUAUUGCCAAGAAGAAAGCGGAGGAAAAGCGGGCAGCUCUACUGCAGGAAGGCAUCGAUGUGCGCAGCCAAGCUAACAUCCUAGACGAGGGAGAUGAUGAUAUUUUGUUCUAAAA